UCCUUGCACACGCUGAGGACUAGGGCCCUGACCAGAUCCCGCGCUGCAGGCAGCCCCCUCGCGCCUCCGGCCAUGGCGCCGCCGUCCUCCGAAGAGCCUGCCGCCGCCGCCGCCGCCGAGCCCGCUGGAGCCGGCGCCAUCUCCAAGGUCCUCGUCGUCAUAGCGAUGCAGACGGAGGCGCUCCCGCUCGUCACCCGGUUCCAGCUCGUCGAGGCGGCCGCCGACGAAUCCAUCUUUCCGAAAGGUGCCCCUUGGACUCGGUACCAUGGUGACUACAAAGGCCUCCACAUCGAUCUCGUGUGGCCUGGAAAAGAUCCUCUGCUUGGAGUUGACAGUGUCGGUACAGUAUCCGCAGCUCUGGUGACUUAUGCUUGUAUACAGUUGUUGAAGCCAGACCUUAUCAUCAACGCUGGUACUGCUGGUGGUUUUAAGGCCAGAGGAGCAGGUAUUGGGGAUGUCUUCUUAGCUUCAGAUGUUGCAUUCCAUGACAGGAGAAUACCCAUUCCUGUUUUUGACAGUUAUGGAGUUGGAGCGCGAAAAACAUUUGCAACCCCAAAUAUAGUGAAGGAACUCAAUUUGAAGGUUGGGAAACUGUCAACUGGUGAUUCUCUGGACAUGUCCCCCCAUGAUGAGACAGCAAUACUGAGCAAUGAAGCUACGGUCAAGGAUAUGGAGGGGGCAGCGGUGGCAUAUGUUGCUGACUUGUUCUCGACACCCGCUAUCUUUGUCAAAGCUGUGACUGACAUUGUUGAUGGGGAGAAGCCAACAGCCGAGGAGUUUCUGCAAAACCUGAUCUCAGUGACGAUGGCGCUUGACCAGGCAGUCAUGCAAGUGGUAGACUUCAUCAGUGGCAAAUGUAUCUCUGAUCUCUGAACGCCCAAUGCUCCGCUAUGUGGGUUCCACAAAUCGAGGGAGCCUGAAUAUAUGUAUUUGUUGGAUGUAUAGUGUUUCCUGGGUGGUUUCACACACGAUUAUACAUUCUCAUAACCCCUAUGAAAGAAAUUCUUGGCGAUUACUUGGAGCUGUUGUAUGGGAUUUUGUAGAAUUUUACAAACUGUGCAGCUUAGUGAAGCUCGGCUUAAUAAAGUGGUGUAUUGUUAUACUGGAAUAAA